GGCUCUGAAAAUACUUCAUCUGAAAUUUCAGACUGGACAGACUCGCAGUGGCUUCUAAGCCAGUGAGAACAAGGCUGCGAAAGCAUGCUGGUGCCAAGCUGUCAGAUGAUGCACGUAGUCAGGCCAGUGGUGGUGCUCCUGUGCUUGCUGCUCUAUGCUGAUGCUGAAACACCACCAAAGUUUACAAGAACACCCGUUGACCAGACAGGGGUUUCAGGAGGAGUCGCCUCAUUCAUCUGUCAAGCCACAGGAGAUCCGAGACCUAAAAUUGUCUGGAACAAAAAAGGAAAGAAAGUCAGCAAUCAGAGAUUUGAGGUAAUAGAGUUUGAUGAUGGAUCUGGGUCGGUUCUCAGAAUACAACCACUGCGCACACCACGAGAUGAAGCUAUUUAUGAAUGCGUGGCUUCCAACAGUGUUGGCGAGAUAAGUGUGUCCACAAGACUCACUGUUUUACGCGGUAAGUUAUUUCUAAACAUAACUAAUUCACUUCAUAGAGCUCAAAGCAGUACAUUGUAACGCAGAGGAUUCUCU